ACACAGAAAGACUGCUGCCAUGUCUAUAUGGUCUUAUGGUGCAACAGGGACUACUAAAGAUGUAGCAGAAGAAUCUGUAUCAGAUGAUGACAAAAGGAGGAACUAUGGCGGUGUUUAUGUUGGUCUGCCAUCGGAUGCAACUGCCAUGGUUUCCAGUCAGACAAAAGCUGCACCUAAAGAAGGAAAUAAACGCAUCAAGAUGCAAAGAACUGGAGGCAGAGGCCUCUGCUAAGAGCUUUAGAGAAAGUUGUCUUUCUGCUGGAGAUUUUUAUAUAUUUGUAGCCUUCCAGACAGCAAGACAGUUCAGAGCACCAAAAGAAAAAUGAAACUGUUGCAAGUUACAGCUACAGGUAAAGCUUAAAGUACAGCCUUGAAUGAGGUUUGCUGUGACAGAUGCGUCAUGGAAAUUUCCUGCUGUUAGCCAGUGUAAAAUGAAAUCGAUGAACUCGUGGAGAUUUCUGGACAAGAGCUAACUUUGAUGAUCUGCAACUUAUUUCCCUUUGGCCAUACUGCAGAUCUCAUCAGCUAUCAGCAAUGCUUUGUAUAUUUUAUCCAAUGAUUUUUGAUAGAUUUUAUAUAGAAAAUCAUUAUUACUGYCCACUUGAUGCCUAUGGUAGGUUCUUAUAAAUUAAUUGUUAAGUUACUUCAGAGUAAUAUAUUUGACAGAUUUGCAUCUUUUUGGUAAUAUUGCAAAUUUUAAUAUUUUUGCUUUGAAACUUAAGAGUAGCAGGAUAUAAACAUGAGGCCAUCAGGUUCUUUAUAAUUACUACUGUCACUUUUAUACAGUGAAACAAACCUUGGUGUUUAAUUUUCACCUUCUAAAAAGAURUUAUUGCUCAAGGAAAUUUAUUUUAAAUAAGAACAGCAUAUUUCAGUGUAAUAUUUACAUGUCUGUUGCUGUUUUAUUUAUCUUUAUCCCUUUUGUAAAGCUUUAUGUGGAAAAAAUACUGAUGAACCAAACUAUUAUGUUAUGUCUUCCUCUCUACAUAAUAUUAUAAUGACAUUUCCUUGUGUAAGAAAGACCUGGUGGUACUGUCAGAGCUUGUGAAUCAUAGAGGAGUUCUGAUCAAUGUUUGUGUACCCAAUUCUCUAAGCAUCUCAAGUUUGGCAGAAUGUGUUUUCU